ACGUGUAGGUGGUUCCAGGAGCAACAGGAACGGCUGUGGAUCCGGUAAUGUGAAGGUCUGUUUGCCAGGUGACCGGGGUUUUUCUUGAGCGCGUGCGGGCGUGUGCGUGGCUCUCUGGGGCGUUAAGAAGAAAACUGAUUGGAAAAGCAACAUUUGCACAUCUGCUCCAAUCUGAUGCCUCUGCCAGUGGCAUUGCAGUCCCGCCUGGCCAGGCGAGGCCUGCUGAAGCAUGUAGAACCUGAGCCGGAAGAGGAAAUAAUUGCAGAAGAUUAUGAUGAUGAUCACGUUGAUUAUGAAGCCACAAGAAUGGAGAGCCUGCCACCAAACUGGUACAAAGUCAUCGACCCAGUUUGCUGCCUGCCUUAUUAUUGGAACAUAGAAAGUGAUCUCGUUUCAUGGCUCUCGCCUAACGAUCCCAACUCGGUGAUGACCAAAGCAGCCAAAAAACUGAAGAACAGCUUAGAUGCUGAAAGCAAGGCAGAACGCUUCCAUGAUAAGGUAGAGCGUGAAGAGGUGAAGGAACGUCGCUAUCACCGGCGGGAAGAAUUGGCCCCCUAUCCUAAGAGCAAAAAGGCAAGCCGAAAAGAUGAAGAACUUGAUCCCAUGGACCCCAGCGCUUACUCCGACGCUCCUCGGGGAACCUGGUCCACGGGGCUGCCCAAGCGGAAUGAAGCCAAGACCGGUGCAGAUACCACGGCCGCCGGUCCACUCUUCCAGCAGCGCCCUUACCCAAGCCCUGGGGCUGUCUUGCGUGCGAAUGCAGAAGCUUCUCGAGCCAAGCAGCAGGACUGAGAUGCCCGCUGCUCCUUUUAUCCUUGAAUGUAUUUGGUCAUUACGUUCUGAAAGGCCUGCUGCAAGAGCAGGGCUCCCUCCGGACUGCAGACCGGGCCAGUGGCAGCCUUUCCAGAUCUUUACUACAACUCUGGCAUGUCAGUGGUAAAGAGAUGCUGGUUUUUAUAGUUCAGAGGCUUCUGAAAGGCUGUAAGUUCCCAACAUCUUUGGGGCUUUGGAGAGGCGGGUUUUUU